AUGAAGCUCGGAGAAGAGGCGGUACCUGGAGAAACUGAUUACGCCAUGCAACCUUUCGUCGAGAGCGUGUUCGGAGGUCAAUCUGCCGAGCAUGCUUUGGCUGCAAAGAUGCCGACAGAUCUCGAAAUGUUUCAAAUGUUCCAAAUGAAGAGUCAGGAGUUGGACGGCAAGGAAGCGGUGGACGCGCUAAAUCUAAAGGGUCGUUACGGCGCCAGUUAUUGGAGUGCGUGUUUGGACUUGUGUUUGCGAGAGCCGUUAUUAACCUACGCGUUGGUGUUCAAAUUGGCAGUGUUGCCUUUGACUCAUGAAUUGGCAAACAUCAGCGGUUGUCCGUGGAACCGGUCAUUAAGUUGCCAGCGGGCACGUCGCAACGAGUACGUGUUGAUGCAUUACAUGACGCGGCACGGCUACGUCUAUGGCACCUACAGCGGGGAGGCCUUGUCCACCUACGCAGGUGGCCUGGUGUUGGAUCCAGUCAAAGGUUUGCAUCAGAAUUACAUCCUGUAUCUGGACUACGCCUCGCUAUAUCCUUCGGUUAUACAGGAAUUCAACGUAGAUUUUACAACCGUAGGCCGAAAGUCGAAUUCGAAAUCGAAUUCGGAAUUGACGUUGGAGACUGAAUCGAAGGAAGUGGAUCUGGUGGACUAUUCGAAGGAGUACGAGAAGGGGAUCUUGCCGUCGAUUUUAGAAGACUUGGUUCAGAAGAGGCGUGCAAUAAAGGCCCGAUUGCGCCAGGUUCCGUCUGAGCAGUCGCAGUUGUUGGAUGUUCGGCAGCGUGCUAUCAAAUUAAUCGCAAACAGCAUUUAUGGUUCGCUUGGGUUCCGUCAGUUCCGAUUUUACUCGCCCCUCAUAGCUGCCACGACCACGGCUUGGGGCCGGCGCGUGCUGAGUAGGACCAAGGAGAAACUCGAAAGUUCCUUCGGUUGCACGGUUGUGUAUGGCGAUACGGACUCACUCAUGAUUGACUCGGGUAUUUAUGACGAAGGCGCCUCACUGGCCAACUGCCAGCAAGCUCUAAAUAAGGCUACAGAGUUCACCAAGGAGAUCAACAAGACCCAUUCCAAACUCGAACUGGAAGUCGAAUGUGUGUUCAAAAAAAUGCUCCUGCUCAAUAAAAAAAAAUAUGCGGCACUCAAAGUCGAUUUCGCACAUACCGGAGCGCCCACCAAGGGCGGCACUGGCACGGGCGGCACUGGCGUGGGCGUUGGAGGCAAGUGGACCACGUCGUUGGUGGUGAAAGGCGUGGAUAUUGUGCGCAGAGAUUGGUGCGAGUUAACGCGCAAGAUCGGUUAUCAGAUCCUCGACAUUGUGCUCUGCCAAAAUCUGGAUCCGGAGCAGAUGCCGGACAAGCUGUACAAUUUAUUGCAGCGCUAUGCAAAAGACCAGGUGCAGCUCGGGGGAAUGGACACGGGGGGACGGGAUACAGGGGGUCUGGGCGACUUUGUGAUCCACAAGUCGGUGACCAAGGCGUUGAGCAAGUACCCGGCAAACCAUAACCAGCCCCAUGUGACGGUGGCGUUGCGUUUGAAGGCCGAAGGCGUUUCGGUGGAGCCCAAGACGGUGAUUCCGUACGUGGUGACGGCGGGCGACGAGGCACUGGCUGCAAGGGCGUAUCACCCGAGGGAGGUGCACAGACUCGGCCGGAAGGUGGACUGGCACUACUACAAGGCGAGCCAGAUCUUCCCGCCCGUGGAACGGCUACUGCGGCACAUUCCGCAAGUGGACCUUGGGAAAAUCGCCGCCAUGUUUCAACUUCAUCGAACGCAUCUAGACCGAGGGGCGGAGGCAGGCGACGAAGAGGAAGGCCCGGACCUCUCAUCCUUCGCGCCCUCGAGGGCCGGCAACCGACUUGAGCUACUGAAGGAGUGGAGCCGCGGUGCCGUGGCCAGCGGUUCCGGAAAACGCUCCUGGGUCGUGACCGACGUCCCUUGUCUGCAAUGUCAGACCAGUCUUGGUCAGACCAGUCUUGGUCAGACCAGUCUCUUGACUUGUGGCAAGUGUGGGCACACGCACCCGGCCGAGUACGAAUUGCGGCACCUGGAAAGCGAGUUCUGGUCGCUGCGGCGCGAACUGAACCGUUUCCAGGUAUUCUGCAGACAGUGUGAGAGUGUGCAACCGCUCACCCUCUACUGCCGCGGUUGCGACUCCGCACAACUGGAACUGCACAUCGACGAAGGCACCUACGCGCAUGCGACCGUCGUACUACGCAGGCGACUCGACGAACUCACACACUUGAUACUUACGGAAAAAGAAACGGACAACGAGGACGCAGACCCGAGCCUGCGUACACGGAACAAACGACUGCAACACGACAUUGCGGCCUUCCGCAACCAACUUCAAGUCAGCCACGUGCGCCCAUGCUGUCUGCGGGAGGUGGCGGCUCUGCUCACCUCCUCCUCACAUCGACGGUCGCUGUUCCUCUGA